AUGCAGCAGGUGCCUCCGCCUCCUCCACCGCCUCCACAGCUGCAGGAACUGCAGCAACUGCAGCAACUGCAGCAGCAGCAGCAGCAGCAGCAGCAUGCAGCCCCACCAGAUGAACUUCUAGAGGUACUAUGGGGAGGGGCAGGAGGACUGCAAGGAUAUCUCCCCCUUACCAAGCCCCUUAAUGAAGACCAGCAGCAGAAGCAGCAGCAGCAGCAGCAGCAGCAGCAGCAGCAACAGCAGCAGCAGCAGAAGGAUGGUGCUGCAGGAGAUGCAUGCGGCUUCGAGCAGCAAACCCUUGUGCGGUUAUUAGAGCAGCGUUUAAAAUAUUAUACGCAAUUGGAUGCAUUACAGCAGCAGCAGCAAUACAGCAGCAGCAGCAGCAUGAGCAGCAUGAGCAGCAGCAGCAGCAGCAGCAGCAGCAGCAGUGUAUUGUCCUUAUUAGGUGCAGAGGCAUACUUAUGUGCCUAUGAGGCACAGCGUACGCGGUGUCUCUCUUUGCUGCUGUCUGCUGCACUGCAGCAAAUGCGGCAGACAGAGGAUGUGCUGCAGGCUCGUUUAAAAGAGAAGCAGCAGCAGCAGCAGCAGCAGCAGCAGCAGCAGCAGCAGCAGCAGCAGCAGCAGCAGGAGGAUAAGCAACAAGACCAAGUACAGCAACAGCAGCAGCAGCAGUAUCAGCAUAAGCAGCAAGAGGAGACACUAGAUCUAUCUAUAUUACAUGUACAAUUUGCUGUUCUUAUGUCUCCUGUCCUUCCUGUUAUUAAACUUCUUGUUAAUACACAAAGCAAGGGACUUAGUGAUUCUUAUACAAGGACACUACAACAAUUAAAAGAACAAUAUGCACUAAUGCGUCUCCGUUUGCUGCUGCCGCCAUUUAAGAGACAAUUACAGGAGUUACAAGGAAUACAUGAGGGAAUAGGGACAGCAACUUAUGAUGCCCUUUGUCCAGCUGUAUUAGCAUGUAAUAGUGUACAGGACCUCUCAGACAUUCGUGACACCUUGCUGCUGGAGAUGGCUUCCCUUCAGAGCAGCGCAGAAGAUUCUGCUGUCCUCCUGCAGAAACUUUAUCAGCUAGUUGUAGAUCUACAAGAACGUUUAUUCUUUCGUGUAGAAGUUGCUGUUGAAGAAAUGCAAAAAUAUUCACCAAACCCUCAACAUCUUACGAGGGAAUGGCUGCUGCAGCAGACAUACCCACCAGUGCUGCAGGCGCUGCACUUGGUGCUGCUGCUGCAGCAGCGGCGAAUUGCUGACAGCAAAGGGGAUGGUACCUCCCCUGCAGCAGCAGCAGCAGCAGCAGCAGAUCCCUUUGAUGCUGCAUGCAGUGAUGUCUUAGCUGCAUGUCUUUCCUCCCUAGACACUGCAGCAAGAUGCAUUAUUGCUGCUAGGCUGCCGCUGCUGCCAACUGCAGCAGCAGCAGCAGCAGCAGGAGCAGCAGAUAAACCACCAAGCAACGUUGAGGUGACGCUGAUGGUUAAUUUGUUUUUAAUUAAAAAUUUAACUUUUCUUCAUGAUGUGUUGAGUUCUUAUGAAUCACGAUUUAUAAAGAAAGAGAGACAACUAGACUUCCCAGGGGUAGCUGGGUCGUUGUUCCGUCUAAUAACCUUUGGUGGCUCAGCACGUGCAGCAGCAGGAAGUGCAGCAGCUGCUGCAGCAGCAGCAAAUGGGGGCAGUCCCCUGUCAUCUGCUGCUGCUGCAGCAUCAUCAACAGCAGCAGCAGGAGCAGCAGGAGCAGCAGGAGCAGCUGCACCAGGUGUAUCUACAGCAGUUAUAGGGGGAGGAUUCUUCUCCCUCUUCCCUCGUGUAUCCGAGACAAUAUUCAAUGUUGCUGCUGCGCUGCAGCAGCGGCUUGCUGCUGCAUGCAACAGCUUUGUUGCUGCUGCUGUUGCUCUACAUGCAUUAAGAGAAUGCCUACGAGGGUUUGAGGAUUCAUGCAAGAAAUUUUUGUCUCCUUUAGUCUCUUUGCUGCUGCAUGCACUGACACCGGAGCUGCUGCAGCAGGAGAAUAAUCCGUUGCUGCUGCUGGAAGGAGACAGUACAGACACCAGCAGCAGCAGCAGCAGCAGCAGCAGCAGCAGCAGCAGCAGCGACGAGAGCGAGAGGGAGAGAGAGGCAUUACUUAAUAUUGAGUUUAUCCUUAAACCUAUCGUAGAUGCAUUGACCUCCAAAAUCAUGUAA